AUGGGAGACCAAAGGGCUAUUUUAGCUGCCAAGGAAGGAGACUUGCCUAUGCUGGAGCAGCUGCACAUUGAUGGUACUCUGGACCAGAACAUCACUGACUGCUCGGGAGCAGGCCUGGUGCAUCAUGCGUCACGAGCAGGCAGGCUGGAGUGCCUCAAGUUCCUGGUACUGCAAGCAAAGCUUCCCGGGAAUCAGAGAGCAAACAAUGGUGCGACCCCAGCACAUGAUGCAGCAGCCAUGGGCAACUUGGCUGAGCUGAAGUGGCUGAUCAAAGAUGGAGGCUACAGCAUGCAGGUAAGGGGUCUGACAAACAGGGAUCUUGCGGGAGCAAGGUAGAACACUGGUUGCAGCUAGACAUAUUUGCCGUGGGUGGUAUUCAAUAAGUUUUCCUAUCGGGCUCAUUUAAUUAAGGUAAGUUAGUGAUGUCCAUUAACGACAAUAGGUCUAUCUUGAGGAGGAGGAGCAUUGAAUACCACCCAGUGUUUUUACACAGGUUGCUGCUCUUAGAUUAGACUUGGGUGGCAGAGAGUGCCGGCACCCCUUGUCUACAAACAACCCUUGCUGGACUUAACUCUUCUUGUCCAAGGGAGACUGCUGUGUUUAGCAAGUCCUUCUUUGUGGUGGGUGUUGUGUUUAAAGUGGGCUUGUUCAUUGCCAAAAAUCUGAAGUGAGUUCAGUGUAUGCUCUUCAUGGAGACACACAUUUAUUAUUAUUAUUAUUAUUAUUAUUAUUACUACUACUAAAACUACUACUACUAUUAUUAUUAUUAUUACAGUAGUACCUCGGGUUGCAUAUGCUUCAGGUUACAUACGCUUCAGGUUACAGACUCCGCUAACCCAGAAAUAGUACCUCGGGUUAACUUUACUUCAGGAUGAGAACAGAAAUCGCGCAGUGGCGGCGCGGCAGCAGCGGGAGGCCCCAUUAGCUAAAGUGGUAAUUCAGGUUAAGAACCGUUUCAGGUUAAGAAUGGACCUCCAGAACGAAUUAAGUACUUAACCCGAGGUACCACUGUAUUAGGCUUACAGCAUAUGAUACAUAAUAAAACAUCAAAAAUUAAAAACUUCCCAAUACAGGGCUGCCAUUGUAUCUCCCGCAGGAUAUUUGUCACUGAGUGCUGGAUCACAAAGUGUUAAUGGGAAAGGGCAAAUUUUGACCCCAUGGCAAUGUCCCCCAAGUGCAGCUCUUUCCCUACUCCCACAAGGAGAAAGCAAACAAGUGUGCUUGGGACAUCAUUGGGGUGGAGCAUUAACUUGCUCCCUGCCCCUCUUGCCCCAACUAUUUAAAAUCAAGCUCCUUGUCUGUGACUCUGAGUUUUGUUUCUCUGUAACAAUGGAUUUUGGGGAAUUGGCUUUUUGAUUGACAUGGUGUCAUGGGCUUCCACUGCAAGCUGCAGCAUAUGCUAGCAAAGGAUGCAAAUGAAAGUAUAACACUGCAAUAAUGGUCAGAAAAGCUGGUGCUUGUCUUUCUAAUAAUAAUUACUGCUUCCAGAUGUUACCACAUAGGAACACUGUAUUAAAAUCCCAUUCACUCAUCCAAGGAAUGCAUGGAGGGGGGCAGCAGGGCUGUGCCUGAGGGCUGCCUACACUCAUUCAGGUGAAGGCAUGCCAUCAGUGCCAUAUCCUGUGGACAUGGCCCCUCUCCCUCCUCCACUUGUUUAAUGAACAUGUGGACAUAAAUGAGUGAAAAUAGAGGCAACGGCCAAUUCAUGUGCAUCCGAUUGCACAUGCAUGCAUGGUGCCUAACCCGGAAGUGACCCAAAAACAUACCUGGAAGGGGUGGAACGCUUUAUGCAGGCCAUGCCAAUGCGCACGAGGUCCAGAACGUAACCUCUGCACAAAGUGAGCAUUGCCUAUAGCUUAAAAUCAUUCUGGGUUCCUGGAUCUUUUGAUAGGCCAGCUGAGGCAGUUUUUGUUGGGAUAUCCUGAUCACCUUCAGGAUGAGGACAUACAACACAAGUACGAACGUAUAAAGACAUAGCCUGAUUUAGCUGCUUUACUUAUUUAUCAAGAUUUCUAUCCCACUUUUCCUCCCAGGGGCUCAAAGUGGCAGCAUACAUGGUUUCCCCUAUUUUAUCCUCACAACAACCCUGCGAUGUAAUUUAGGUCUAAAGUCACCCAGUGAGUUUCUUGACUAAGUGGGGUUUUGAAUCCUGGUCUCCCAGAUCAUAGACCAACACUCUAACCACGAUGCUACAUUGGCUCUUUAAUGGUUCUGGCUAGAGGCAGGCUCACAAAAAGGCAACACACUGAAACAAUCACCUCAUUACUUGCUCUCUAGGAAGACACUGGAUUGAGAAUACAUGACUGAAGUCAUGUUUCCUUUUCCCCACCUAUACCCCUCUGGUUUUUUAAAAAACGAAAGACAUGCAUUUGUACAGUACUACAGUUGCCUUCUUUCAUACAAACUAUUUAUAUCGUUUCCAGGCCAUAUUCACACUAACACUUCCAUUUUCCAAAUCCGCAGUAUACUUUAACUUCUGUUGUAUUCUAACGAAUGGCUGAUCACGAGUGCAGCAGCUUGCUAAUGGAGGAACAUAAGAAGCUGCCCAAACUGAAACAGAUCAGUACUGUCCACGCAGACUGGGAGUGAUUCUUUCAGGCCAGAGGUCUUUCUCUUCCCAGAGAUGACAGGGAUUGAACCUGGGACCUUUUGCAUGUAAACCCUAGAAAGAUGCAGGAUCUCAUCAUCCUCCAAGUCCAACACACAGUGCAUGGUCUCUGGGUCAUGACGCACUAUUGUUACCUUUUACAUUUAUAUAGUCCAUCAGUAAAUAUUCCACCUCAUUAAGUUUGGUAAAUGGGUAUGUGGGCCUGUUUCAACAUCCCCCAGAAGAGGCUGUUUCAAGUGGUCUCUGGGUCACAAUUACAACUUACAAAGUGGUCGUGACAUUGAUGUUAAGGAGUGAGAGUGGGUGGGGAAGAGUUAACCACUACUCCUGAACUGUUUCUUCUGCCCUCCAUAGGAGCAGGAUGCUUCAGGGGCUUCUCCCCUCCACUUAGCUGCUCGCUUUGGACACCCAGAGGCCAUUGAGUGGCUGGUCCAGGCAGGCUUUGACACUGCGAUGAAGACAAAGGAAGGUGCUGUGCCAGCUCAUUAUGCAGCAGCUAAGGGCGAUCUCACUUGCCUCAAGCUGCUGGUUGCUGCAGACCACAGGUAGGUAAAAGCACAGCAUAUUGAUAUUCAGAGGGCAGCCCAUUUGCAGCAUUGCAAGGCACUGUUUCCUCACUUGGAGCUGUCACUCAGGCCUGCACUAUGCACAUGCAAUGCAUGGGGACAUUAUUUUCUGUGUAUGCCCCAGUGCAGUUCUACAUUUACCACCUCUUUCUGCCGCAUGCAGUGAUGUUCUCAAGUCAGGACUUGGGGGCAGAAGCCCAGGGUCCCACUCAGAGGAGGGCUCCCAAGCACAGCAGGGCUGGAUAGCCACAUUUUGAAGUAAUACUACACAUAGUCAUCUAAGGAACAAAUGCACGCCAGUACAAUCAUUGACCAGAGUUGCUGUGCUACUGCCUGCCUGUGUGGUCUAGAGAACACACACUGUUGAUAUAAAAAUUAUUCAGUAAAAUGAAAUCAGUGUAGCUGCCCAUGAUGGCAGCACACCCCUCCUGGGCCAUUCAUGUGGUCAGGGCUGAUGGGAGGUGUAGUCCAACAACCUCUGGGAAGGGCACAAACUGAUGGAUUGCACGAAGAAAGUGCUCUGGGAGCAGGGUAUAAUUUUGCACAACUUCUACAAUUGCAACUGUGCUUUCUGGUGUUGUUACUGUGCUGUGAUCAUGGAAGAUGCUGCGAUCAGAGGAAAUGCUAUCCAGGGCAGAGCAUACAUACUUGCUCUUUGUGCUAGACUUUCUUCCUGCAACAGUACACUGGGACAGCUUGUAUGGAGGAAAAGGCAGCUCACAGCGACCAUUUUCAGAGUUCUGAGAGUACAUGGCUAGGUUAGCCUAGCAGCGUAGAGUUUUCCUUAGUGUUUUGUUUCCAUGCCACAGCAUUUCCCAGAUGCUCUGUGUGUGUUUGUUGACAGGACAGAAGGCAGGCGCUUAAGAUCUUUGCUGAAGCGGAUUGUGUUUCCAAAGGCAGACGCCUCAUAACCAUCUGCCUGAGUGCUUUUAAUCUCUUCCCUCAUCUACUACAGCCCAGCAUCUUUUCCUCCCUCUCUCCCUCCAUAUAUAUAUAUUUUCUCAUUCAUUCUGCAAAGCCAUGCAGAAGCUGUACAGUGCAAGAAUGACAGAUGUGAAAGAUUAGCAAUGCAAGUUGUGGAAACAUGGGGAGCUGUUAUAAGGUGGUCCUUGUGACAGAUUUUUACAUGGCAUCUGUGUGUGCAAAUUUAAUAUACUUAGAUACAAAUCUAGACAUAAUUACUACAACGUACAUAGAAACACAAUGCAUCUCACUGUAGUGGGGAAGACCAUUCUCUCUAUGGAGACAUGUCCCUGUGAGUCUGCUGUCCAGGCGCUAGCAGCUGAUGGGAAGCAUCAAGUCCCCUCCUCCUACUCUCUUCUUAUGGUUCUUUAUCUUGGACUAAAUUCAAAGAAGAGAAAGAUCAACAAUUCAGCAAACAUAGAAUAAAUUCAGUAUUACAAAAGAAACAAUCUAGACUUAAAUGCGUAAGUACAAAGCAAUGUGUUCUUGUUCUGCUUGAGGCUGUUGGUGCCCAGUCAAUGUCUUUCUGAUGUGCUUAUCGUUUGGGUGGAUUUUCCAAUAUAUCUCUGAUAGAUAUUCCCAAAGGGUCAGAUUCCUAAUUUCCAGAAGGCUGUUGCCCCCCUACAGCCCUCGUGUGUUGUUACAAUUCCCUCAAGCUCAUCUUUCACACAGAGCCCCCAAAGGCUUGUUAUCUGUUAGCAUCACUAGACUCCCUCAGCUGUUUACUCUGCUUCCUCUUGGGGAAACAUGAGGAGCAAAAAUGCCAGGAAAGGCAGAGCUAAGGGAGAGGAAAAUGUAGAACAACCCAUCAAAGCACAGUUGAGGCAGGCUGUGGAGUGCACUAAAGCUAUUGGGGUCAAUGUUUAAGAUUGGGUUGUUUGCCCCAAAGGCUGAAUACAUUGUGAGAAACCUUUUUAUACUCACUGUUAGGGAUGGAGGAGAAAUUAGAUAGGCUAGUGUGUGUAAAAAUACAUGUGUUAGUAAACAUGACAUACAUAAAUGCAUGCUAUUGGAGGAAAUUGCUUUGCAAAAAUGUGUAGAUAGGCAAAAUAGCAUAUAAAGAUGUGUAGAAAAGGACAAAUGUGCCCUUGAAUGAUGAUGAAUUUCCACAAUGACUUUAAACAAAAAGAAAUUCGCAAACUAGUGUGAAAUCUUUCAAGAAAUGAAUUUAAAAUUAAGUGGUGGGGUAGGGGGAUAAACUAAGAGAAACUGAAAGUGACAGAUUCACCUAUCUCUACUCUCUCUGUGUGUCUUUUCCCUUUUACAGUAACAAUAUAUAAGGCCAGUCCCUUAAUUAGGCAGAGUGAGGCAACUGCCUUAGGCAGUUUAUUAUAGGUAUCAUGAAAGAGCAAUCGUUUUGUCAGGGAACUGCCAUCGGACGGAAGGGAGGUGAAAGGGCUCACACAGGUUGGGAGAGACGCAGCAGCUGAAGAGGAAACCAACAGGGAGGUGAAAGGGCUCACACAGGUUGGGAGAGACGCAGCAGCUGAUGAGGGAACCAGCAGGGGGAGAGGAGCUGAGCUGGAGGGAUGGCUCAGAGACACUUCCAGCGAAAACAGUGGAGAGGUUUCAGGACCUCCUGUAAGAACACCCACUCCUCGCCGGAAACUGUCACGCAGAGAUUCCAGAAGACGUGUUUCCGUUAAGGAGCUUUUAUGUUGGAAGCGAUUACGAAAGCAACCACUGUCGGAAUCUGCUAGUGACUAGAGUAGCCAUGUCUGAGGGGCUCUGUCACAGACAGAGGUUUGUGGACUUGAACAAACUCUGAGGGGAUACGAUUUUACGCACAAGCAGCUCAUCAUCCCAUCACAGCAUUCCGACAGUCUUUGAAAGCAGCUUGUGCAGGAGAAGGUAUCAUGAGCAACCCAGCCGGAACCGGAGAAGCAGGAGCUGGAGCGGGUCCAAGCCUGGAAGAAAGGUACCAGAUGUUGGAGGUCCAGCUAGCGAUGCAGACGGCGAGGCUUGAGGAGAGGAGGGCUCAGGAUGCAGACAAAAGGGGGAAGCCACCCAGUUCGCCAGAAAGGUACCAGGAUUGGUGCAGAAGUUUGGGGGGGAGCCCAAAACUAUCAUGGUUUUCGGACAGAAAUGCAAUAUGCCCUCAAUCUGCAGUUUGAUGAAUUCCCUGACGAGGAAUCACGAGUGGCUUUCGUGAUUGAGCAUCUUGAAAAGGGGGCGAGAGACUGGGUUAGACCCCUGAUGGCAGCGAAUAGUGACGUCUUAAAGACACGAUGAAGUUCUUUCGCGCCAUGGAUCUGAUGUUUUCCAGCGAUAUUGAAAAGGGAGUGGUGCGCAGACAGUUAAUGGGUUGCAAACAGGGGAGCCGAUCUGUCCGUGAGUACUGGACUGAGUUCACCAUGCUUGUUCACAGAUUGGGGUGGGACUUAUCGGCGGAACCCAUUCAAAUGCUCUUUGAAGAAGGGCUUUCUUCGGCUGUGAAAGACGAACUUUCCCGGGCGCCCAGGGCGGAGUCUAUGGACCAGCUGACCAAAUCAGCGCUGGCCAUAGGAGCGCGCCAGGAGGCGAGAGCAUUGGAGAGGCGGGAAGGGAAAGGGGAACGUUGGAAGGAGUUCCGCAUUCCAGACAUUCCAGAGCCAACUUUCCCACCGGCAGAGCCGAUGGAAAUCGGAACAGCGCGCGCGCGCAGUUUCAAAGCCCAGUGAGGGGGCAAAGAAGGAGGGAAAAGGCGCCCGGAAAUGCUAUCUCUGCCAACAGCCAGGUCACUUUGCCAGAGUCUGCCCCCAGAGGAAAGAAUGGCAAGGGAUGGUAGGGGCUGUGGAUGGAAGAGAGGAAAAUAUACCGGAGCAAGUAAAAGCCAACGCCUGGCUGCCACUGUCAGGGCACAGCAGCCAGGCCAAAGAGCAGUGAGAGUGCCCACGCCAGAACCUCCUAAACCCGCCCUAGUGAUAGAAGUGACGCUAGAGCUGCCAAACGGACACCCUCUAAAGAUAAAGGCGCUGUUGGACUCAGGCAGCUCCUGCAAUUUCAUGAGCAAAGAGUUUGCAGCUGAACACCAGAUACAGACAAUCCCUUUAAGCAGCCCCCUGCAGGUGACCACGAUCGAUGGCAGGGAGCUGUUGGGUGGAGAAGUCAGCUUGCAGACCGUCCCAAUGAUAAUGAAGGUAGCAAGGCACACCGAACUGAUAGCUUUUAAUGUGGCCACCUUGGGAGGAGCUCCCAUUAUAUUGGGGAUGAGCUGGCUAGCGUUACAUGAUCCGCUGGUGGGCUGGCAUCAGAGAGUGGUUUCUUUUGGUUCAGCACAUUGCUUAGAACACUGCAAAGAGGGAAAGGGUUUGGCAGGGGUCCAAGCCACCCUAGCAGGGACUGAAGUAACAGAGAACGUGAAGGUACCACGACAAUAUGCAGAUCUCCGUGACGUCUUCAGCGAAAGGGAAGCUGACCAACUACCCCGCAUAGACCCUUUGACUGUCAAAUCAACUUACUCCCUGGAGCACAGCUCCCUGUAGGCAAGCUGUACGCCAUGUCAGACAGAGAGAUGCAGGAGUUAAGAGAGUUCAUUGACAAGAACCUGAAGAGAGGGUUCAUCAGAGAGUCCAGGGCGGUGGGGGCAGCCCAGUGUUUUUGUGGAUAAGAAAAACACGAACAAGCCGAGGCUGGUGUGUGACUUCAGGGCCUUAAAUGCAGUGUCAGAACCAGUAGCCUUCCCUAUGCCCAGGAUUGACGACAUUUUGACAAGGGUGCGGAAGGGAAAGAUUUUUACAAAGCUGGACCUAAGGGGGGCGUACAACCUGGUACGAAUAAGGAAGGGGGAUGAAUGGAAAACCACUAUGUUCACCCCUUUAGGGGCAUUUGAAUAUUUGGUUAUGCCCUUCGGCCUACAAGGAGGCUCCGCAACAUUUCAAUCGUUUAUGAACCACGUCCUGGGGCCUUUGCUUUACAAGAAUUGUGUGGCCUUUUUAGACGACGUGUUGGUGUAUUCUGAGAAUGAGGAGCAGCAUGUGAGAGACGUCAGAGAAGUGUUGAGCAGGCUGCAAGCCAACCAGCUGUGGGUGAAACUGGAGAAGUGUCAGUUUCAUACCAAGGAGGUGGAAUUCCUGGGGUAUCGCCUGUCAGACAAGGGAUUGGCCAUGGAUCCCGGCAAGGUCCAGGCUGUGCUGGAAUGGAAAGCACCCAAAACAAAGAAGGAUGUGCAGAGGUUCCUAGGAUUUGGGAACUUCUAUCGUAAGUUCAUCCGAAACUUUGCCCACCUGACGGCGCCCAUUACGGACUGUCUCAGCAGUAAGAAGAAGUUCGUGUGGACUGAGGAGGCGGAGCGAGCAUUUGAGGAACUAAAAGGGCCUUCGCCUCGGAACAACAACUCCUGCAUGUGGAUUUACAAAAACCGAUGAGAGUGGAAACUGACGCAUCAGACAGAGCGAUUGGGGCGGUGCUUCUGCAGCCAGGCAAGAAGGGGUCAGAGUGGAGACCGUGUGCCUUUUUUCGCGAAAGCUGAACAAAUCCGAGAGGAACUACACGGUGUAUGACCGAGAACUACUAGCCAUUCAUGAGGCGUUCCGGAGAUGGAGGCACCUGCUAAUUGGCGCACAACAUAAGGUGCAAGUGUGCACUGACCACAAGAACCUAGAGUAUUGGAGGACGGCACGAGUGCUCAACCAACGGCAAGUGAGAUGGGCCCAGGAGUUCUCCAAAUUUAACUUUGAGAUUAGUUACGUGCCAGGCCCAGAGAACAUUAGGGCGGACGCUCUCUCACGCAAACCUGAAUAUUUGGAGGGGAGGGGCACCCGAAGAGAGACAUGUCAUUCCAGAAGACCGCUGGGUGUGUGGGGCGGCAUUGGUGGGACAAAGAGAACUGGUAGAGGAAACAGAGAAUGAUGAAUACGCCCAGAAUAAGCUCAGAGGUCUUAGGGGUGAUGGAGAGGAACCAGGGGUUUCGAGGAAAGAAAUGGAGCUUUGUAUUACAAAGGGGCACUGUAUAUCCCUGAAGGAGAGUUAAGGGGAGGGUACUCAAGCAGUUGCACGACAGCCCUACGGCGGGGCAUUUUGGACAACACAAAACCAUGUGGUUGGUCACCAGGGAAUUUUGGUGGCCUAAGGUGAGGGAAGAUGUACGUGAGUAUGUAAGAGGGUGCGAGCAAUGCCAGCGAGCCAAAGGGGAAAGGCGGGCGCCGGCGGGGCUAUUAGAACCCUUACCAACCCCAGAACGACCUUGGGAGGCAGUGUCGAUAGAUUUUAUGACUGAUCUGCCGAAGUCCAAAGGGAAAACAGCCAUCAUGGUGGUGGUAGACCUACUAACAAAGAUGUGCCACUUUGUAGCUUGCUCGCAUGCAGUCACGGCGGAAGAGACAGCGAAGUUAUUUGUAGAAAACAUUUUUAGGUUGCACGGGGUGCCAUUGAGGGUGGUCUCAGACCGAGGAAAACAAUUUACUUCCAGGUUCUGGAGGAAGCUCAUGAGCUUACUGCAGGUGGAGGUCAAUUUUUCGACUGCCCGGCACCCUGAAACCAACGGGCAGGCGGAAAGAGCAAACGGUGUCCUCCAGCAAUACCUGAGGUGUUAUGUCAAUGACAGAGAGAAUGACUGGGUAGAAAAGUUGGCGCUGGCGGAAUUUGCCUACAACAAUGCCGAGAAUGUGUCCACAGGGAUGAGCCCCUUCUUGGCUAAUUAUGGGUGUCAUCCCAGGGCUUUCCCAGGGGAGAGGGGAGAGAUGGAGCGUCCCGGCAGCCGAGCAUUUUGUGGAAGAAAUGGAAGCAAUCCAUCGUCAGCUCCAACUCAACUUAGAAAGGGCGAAGGAAGAAUACAAGAGGCAGGCAGACAAGAACCGAAGGGAAGGUGAAACCAUAAGGGUGGGAGAUAGGGUGUGGCUGUCAACCCAAGGGUUGCCGUUCAAAGGAGGUUGUAAGAAAUUAAGACCCAGGAGGUUGGGUCCCUUUGAGGUCAUUCAACAGGUCAACCCAGUGGCUUUCAGGCUCCGGUUACCCAACCACAUGAAACUGCACCCAGUAUUUCACAGGUCGUUACUGUCACCGUACGAAGGGGGACGAGAAGGGCUGGCCACUCGGGGACCGGUCGUAGAAGAAAGAGAAUGCAGCAGCCAUGUGGCAGAAAUCCUCGACGCCAGGUGGAAGGGGGAUCAGGUGGAGUAUUUGGUAGCGUGGGAAGGAGAACCGGAGUCAGAAAACACUUGGGUAAUGGCUGAAGAUAUCAAUGACGAGGUAUUGAUAGAAACGUUCCAUCAAAGGUUCCCAAGGAAACCUCAGCCUGUGGAGAGGUUCCGGAGGGAAUACUUUGGGACCACUGAUGAAGGGGAGGAGUUGGAAGGAUUCCCGGACUAGGAAGGGUAAGGGGAUAUGGACUCUGUGGAGGAUGUGUUCUUCGAGACCAGGAACCGCAACAGGUUGAGAGAAUUGUUCGAGACAUCGGAAGAUGAAGGAAGUUCAUUCCGGGGUUUGCCUCCUCACCGCCCGUAGAGGAGGGGGCGAGAGGGGGUGAAGGGGGCCCUGGAGGGGAGGUGGAUGUCAGGGAACUGCCAUCGGACGGAAGGGAGGUGAAAGGGCUCACACAGGUUGGGAGAGACGCAGCAGCUGAAGAGGAAACCAACAGGGAGGUGAAAGGGCUCACACAGGUUGGGAGAGACGCAGCAGCUGAUGAGGGAACCAGCAGGGGGAGAGGAGCUGAGCUGGAGGGAUGGCUCAGAGACACUUCCAGCGAAAACAGUGGAGAGGUUUCAGGACCUCCUGUAAGAACACCCACUCCUCGCCGGAAACUGUCACGCAGAGAUUCCAGAAGACGUGUUUCCGUUAAGGAGCUUUUAUGUUGGAAGCGAUUACGAAAGCAACCACUGUCGGAAUCUGCUAGUGACUAGAGUAGCCAUGUCUGAGGGGCUCUGUCACAGACAGAGGUUUGUGGACUUGAACAAACUCUGAGGGGAUACGAUUUUACGCACAAGCAGCUCAUCAUCCCAUCACACGUUUGUCACUUAUUUAUUAUUCAGGGAGGGGAGAGAGGCUUGUGGGAUUUUCUACCUCAGGUGCAAGAAUAACAUGACAGGCCAUGCACCUUGGUUUGUUGGCGGGGCAUAGUGGAUAUUUGCUGCUGCGCCUCAGGCAGCAAAAUGUCUUGGGCUGGCCCUGGUACUAUGAAAUAUUGGCUACAGAAGACAGGUCAGAGGGAGGGAAGCUCACUGAGAGGUGAUAGGAAGGCUGGCAUAGGCCAUUAUCACAUGGAGGGCAUAGAUCAGUCUAAGCAUUUACCACCUGAUUGUUGUUGCUGUGGUGGAAGAAGUGGUGAGGAAGCAUUUAUAAUGAAGCAUUCUGGCCAAGAGCAAUUGUCCUUUGCAUUAACAGCUAUUGAAGUAAGAGCCACUUUGAAAUCCUGGGUGCAAAAAUGCCUUAAGAGUCAACAGCACACCUCUCGUCCAAAGAAGCUUUUUAAAUAAACGCAUCCAGCAAUCCUAUAUCCCCCAGCCCUUAUCCAGGAGGCAAGAGGAGAGUGAUAUAAAAUAAACAUGGUUGCCCCCUGCUGGUAAUGACAAUGACUGAAGUCCACUAUAAAACACCUAAAGUAAUUAUGUGAAUUGAUUCCAAUCUGUUUCCUUCACUUCUUGCUUUUAAAGGGUUAAAAUGUUUUUAGUAAAAAAAAAAGUUUAUCUACAUGAAUCUGGAAACUGUUAUUUAGUUAUUACAAUUUAUCCCACUCCUUUUUCAAGAAGCACAGGGCAGCAGACGUGGUUCUCUCCUCUCUUCCCCAGACAACCUAAUUUUAUUUUCACAAUAAACUUGUGAGGUAGGUUUGGUUUAGAAGGAAUGACAGGCCCAAAGUCACCUGGUGAGUUUCAUGGUAGAGUGGAGAUACGAACCUGGGUCUCCCUAUUCCAACAUUAGCUGUUGCACUGCUCUAGUUCUUUAUACACACGAGCGCUUUCACAUUUAAUUCAGUAUGCAUUUUUUGUGUGCGCCAUUUCGCCCGAGAUACUAAGUCCUCUUGAUUAAUCACAGGAUUCCAAUUUGACAACAAUGUAUUUUGUUUGCAUUAUACUGCAUUAUACUAAAGUUCCAUUUUUGCAUUAUACUAAAGUUCCAUUUUUGCUGCUACCCCCACCGUGCUGCAGCUCCUUCUGCUGUUAUUUCUGUUAUUGCUGCUGCCUCCACUUCCACUCCUUUAUAAGUUGUGUCAUAUUCCAUAUACUAUACCUGAUGCCAGGUACAUUUCUCAGUGCUUUGGGGCUUUGUUGCAUUUGGGAAGUUCUCUUUUUUAAUAGAGCUUUUCAAUUUUCCAAUCCCCCAUUUCCAUCAGGUGCUCCCCUUUGCUUUCAUGUUAGAGUAUUUUCCCCAGUGUCCUCAACCAGUUAUUUCCCCUGAAAAACGUCAAAAUACAGGGAAAGUUCUGCUAUAAGACAUCUGGCUCCUCCAGCUCUGCCUUUCAAAUACAGUGGUACCUCAGGUUACAUACGCUUCAGGUUACAUGCGCUUCAGGUUACAGACUCUGCUAACCCAGAAAUAGUGCGUCAGGUUAGAACUUUGCUUCAGGAUGAGAACAGAAAUUGUGCUCCGGCAGCGCGGCAGCAGCAGGAGGCCCCAUUAGCUAAAGUGGUGCUUCAGGUUAAGAACAGCUUCAGGUUAAGUACGGACCUCCGGAACGAAUUAAGUACUUAGAAUCAUAGAAUCAUAGAGUUGGAAGAGACCACAAGGGCCAUCGAGUCCAACCCCCUGCCAAGCAGGAAACACCAUCAGAGCACUCCUGACAUAUGGUUGUCAAGCCUCUGCUUAAAGACCUCCAAAGAAGGAGACUCCACCACACUCCUUGGCAGCAAAUUCCACUGUCGAACAGCUCUUACUGUCAGGAAGUUCUUCCUAAUGUUUAGGUGGAAUCUUCUUUCUUGUAGUUUGGAUCCAUUGCUCCGUGUCCGCUUCUCUGGAGCAGCAGAAAACAACCUUUCUCCCUCCUCUAUGUGACAUCCUUUUAUAUAUUUGAACAUGGCUAUCAUAUCACCCCUUAACCUCCUCUUCUCCAGGCUAAACAUGACCAGCUCCCUUAACCUGAGGUACCACUGUACAGCCUUCAGCCUUGCUCUCAGAUGCCCUCAUCACCUGGGCUUUUGGCUUGUCACCUUUGACGUGGCAGAGAAUCUGUGCCUCUGACAGCUUCAUGAUAUAUAUAAAUUCCAUGUGGGAAUGUGCCUGUGUAUAUGCAAAAAUACAUUAAAUAAGGAACUAUGUAAUUGUCACGCAGAGGCAAUGAAUCCCCAACCCCCAUCCCUUCUAAUAUUGGCAUAAUUCCUCUCCUCCAACAGUUGCGUGAACAAGCAAACUCAGAGUGGAGCCACCCCGCUGUAUCUCGCCUGCCAGGAGGGCCACCUGCACAUCGUCCAGUUCCUGGUGAAGGACUGUGAGGCUGAUGUGCACCUGAGAGCACAUGAUGGCAUGACAGUGCUCCACGCAGCUGCCUGUAGUGGUCACUACGCUGUUGUCAUCUGGCUGGUAAACCUGUACUUUUACAUUUUAGGUAGCAAGUGUCGUUUCUUGACAAGAAUAUGAAUAUGCUCCUCUGGAUAACUGUGUCACUGAAGGUCCCUCCAUAAUUUCUUUUUAUUGCACAUUCAUGAUGUUUUCUGUUCAUUAUGUUAUUGGGACAGUCACACACAAUCCCACUUUUUUCCUUUUCUUUAAAAAAAUAUAUUCAUUGAUACUUGUCCAAAGAUAUACAAAAAUUCAUACCCAUUGUGAACUAUCUUUUUAUAAUGAAAUACAUAAUAUAAAAAAGAACAGAGAGAGAAAGAGUAUAAGAAAGAAAGAAAAGGAAGAGAGAGAGAGAGAGAAGAAAGAUAAAAGACUUCUGAUUCUCUGUCCUGCAGCUAAAUAUAGUAUUCACUCAUUAACGUCCAACCAUUCUGUCUUCCAUAAACCAGUAUUUUUUCAAUCUUCAAAUCCAGAUAAGCAAGAAACACUUACAUUUUAGCAAUGGGAAUAUAUUAUUUGAAUCAACCCAUGACAUCAUUUUGUCCACUGUAGAUUGUUCUGCAGUCAUAUGCCAGCCAUGGAGCUCAAUAUUUCUUUUUUAUCAUACAUGUUCUUAAAUGCUGCAUUGUUAACUAAUUUGAUUGCCACUCAUAUCUUUAAUAAUCAGAAACGUCCAGAAUAGAGAGGUCUGCCACCAAAAGGUUUAAUUGCCCUUGUACUUCUUUUUUUAUUUAAUAUAAAAGGUAUGCAGUUUUAGCUUCUAACACCCCCAAUGUCAGGCACAAUUCUGUGGUACGUAUGGCAUGCAGUGUAUAUAGAAAACAAAUUGCAGAAACGGAGGGUGCUUCCAGACUAUUUUUCUGUUUGCAAAUUCCCUCUGCUUUCUGCACUAAAGUACCCCAGGCAGCUGCAGAAAUAGGUGAAUGAAAAAACAACAGCUCAUCUUAAAAAAAAAAAACCAUUUGGCUUUGACUCCUACGUAAUCCUCCUUUCCCCCCCUUCAUGUAGGUUACCUUCACUGAUGUCGGCCUCACAGCACAGGAUGCAGAAGGAGCCACUGCACUCCAUUUUGCUGCCAGAGAGGGACACACUGCAAUUGUUGACAGACUCCUCCUUAUGGGAGCUAACGUGGUGCUGGACCAUUGGGGAGGAACCCCACUCCAUGAUGCAGCUGAGAAUGGGCAUCUCGAGGUAUUUGGUGAUACCAUGUAGCGAGGGAAAUGAGUAUUGGAUCAGAACUCAAUUGAUGGCACAGCUGUACUCAUACAGUGUGUUCAGCCAUGGUUGAUCAUGACGUGUGCAUGCCGUCACUCCCCUCUCCUAUGUGGCUGACAGGAGGAUUUGAAAUAAUAAUAAUAAUAAUAAUAGUAAAAAGACCUGGAACUGGGUUCUGGUGCGUUCCACCAGGAGAAAAAACAUUGGUUUCCCCUAACAUUUACUCUCCCCCCCCCCCACCUGCCUCCCAGGAAACCAUCCGUGUGGUUACUUAACAGAUUCAGAGUAGCCCACACUUGGUUGUUUAAACAAUCAGCUCGUGCAUCUUGUGUUUGUAUCAAUCCAGCAUCCAUAGUGUUUAAACAGCGUAGGGAGGAUUUUUUAAAUGGAAGCCCAAAAUGAACAAAUGAUGGAGUUCAGUGGGAAUGGAUUUCUAAGCAAUGUCAGCCUACCUUCUUCAGUUGAUGCAAAAAGCUUACCUUGAAUAAUUAUUGAUUUAUUUGACUAUUCUUUGACUUACGAACAUUAUUGUCCAGCUGUGACAGUUGCACUGGCAAAAGAAUUGAAGAAAAAGCCCCCGUUGCAUUCAUGAUUCCCUUUCUUGCUCAUAAAUUGGUUGUACUGAUUAGGGUGAUGGUGGUUGUUUGUGCAUUUAUUUGCAGUGCUGUCAAACCCUGAUCUCCCACCAAAUAGAUCCAGGCAUCCAUGACAGGGAUGGUUACACUGCGCGAGACCUGGCAGAAUACAAUGGACACAGGCAGUGUGCAUGUUACCUACAGGAAGCAGAGAAGCUGGUAAUCUAAACAUUAUAUUUUGAUCAUGUACAAGUCUUAGUGUUCAUGUGAGUCACUGGAGACAGAGGCUUCUGUACUGUUUCCUCGGUGAGCUGGAUAUGUCACCACAAGGCAGAAGACUACCACACGAGAAAGGUAAAUUAUCCAGGCUUCCAUAAUAUUAUGUAUCCCUUGUUAAAAAUCAAAGCAGAAACCUUCCCAAAACAUUACUCUAAAAAAAUGAGCAGUGUGAACAUUUUCAGCUCAUGGUCAUUGAAAGCUGACUUCCAUGGUCAUUAACCUGCAGCAGGUCAGUGGACAAGCCAGGGCAGAUGUUCCUGAUGUUCUAGUUUGCAAGGAGCAAGAGGGUUUGUUUCUUUCUUUGUUGCCUGGUGCAGUGUUUCGGUCCACUUGUUGAGUGGUGUUCUGAGCUACAAGCACUCAUUGAAGCAGGCAGGCAGUGGAGGGGUGGGGAAAUGGAGUAUCCUGAACGAAGGUAUGGCUGGUUGGCUGGCUGGAACACUGAGCAGGAGCACAGUACAUUGCAACUUUGCAUAGCAGGCUCUGCUUGUUAGAUAUAUUAGUCACUGGGUGACUAGUUAGUCACUGAGCCUGUCCCAUCUGAAUCCUUAGAUCUGUUUGCCUCAUACCCAUUCAAUCCACAUAAAUUUAUUGCCCUAUCUCACCAAUCGCCAUGUGCCAGACAAAUAUUAGGAAGUUAUGUCACUGGGUUUCCACAAUCUCCGCUCUGAAACAAGUGGUUGGCUCCCUUCUGCAGCCCUGAUGGAAUUCAUUCUGUGCUCCUCUUGCCUUUGCAGCUAUUUUUGGCAUGCUGUUGAGCAGAGUGGAAAAUUUCCACCUAUUUAUGUCCCUAGCACAGGGCAACAAGUGGGCAAGCAUGUUGAAGAGCCUCCUGGAUUCCUCUGCCAGUGUGAGGACAUGGAUACUAGACAGCAAUUAGCCAGCAACUGAUGGUGAGAUAAGAAGGGUCUGAAGGAGGAGUACAGAGGCUGCUGAGUGAGAGCCUUCAGUAAGGCAGCGGCAAGUUUCCACAGCUGAGGCUCUUCAGCAGCAAGAGAAAAGCACCAUGGGGCAUCGGAAUGGCACUGUGGCUAACUUGAGAAGCUGGCUCUGAAAUCCUAAUCAAGCUCUUAGGUUUCACCGAACAAAGCAUAGUAAAUCCUUGCCACAGCCCGAGAUUUGGAAUGGGAACUUUUGAAACCAGAACCUCUUCCCAUCACUCAGUUCCCAUUAAAAUAUUAAUGGGGGGAAAAAUCUCUCCAGAACACUCUUUGGCAAUGACUAAUUAACACAGUGCUGGCGCCCACAUGUGGAUCGGGGUUCUGGAGACACAGGGGUCUGUGGACCUCUCUUGCUCAAGCCUUAUGGACUGAGGGAGGGGUAAAGACUAAAACAACUUCAGUCACGGAUGAGCGCAGCCAGUUCUGUUCAUGCUGUAAUUCAUAGGCGACGACUCUCAGAGGCCUCGGGGGGGCCCAUGUAUUUUUUGAGGAGGCCCGGCUUCUCAUGUUUGGAGGAGCCCCUUUGUUCCUCCUUUUGCACAAGCCAUGACUAAGCCAGGAAGUCCCAAACUAACCAUAGUUUCUUAUUGUCCAGGAAACAAUGUUUAGCAGCUCUGGAACAUAAGAUUCUGCUUUGUUCCAAAGCAGGUAAACCAUAGUUUGUAUAAAAUGGAAAUAUAUGGUUCAUUACACAUUUCCUCAUUUAAUUGCAAGCAGAGACUGAAGGCUCAGGCAAGAGACUUGUGCAUCUCUUGGGUUAAUAAACUAAGAUAUGAUCAUUGAAAUACUGUUGCUAAAUGUAAAUAUAGGUAUGGAAGUACUUUCCAAUUUCAAUCUUCUCCAUUUCUAGAUUUUCCAAUCUUAGUUCAAUUCUCCACACUUCUGGAUUUUUCUAUGUUAUUUCCACUACAGUGGUACCUCGGUUUAAGAACAGUCCUGUUUACAAACAAUUCAGUUUACGAACUCCGCAAAACUGGAAGUAGUGUCCUAGUUUGCGAACUUUACCUUGGUCUAAGAACCAAAGAGUGCCUGGCGUGCUCUGGUUCAUGGAGUCAUGAAGAGUCGGACAUGAAUAAACGACUAAACAAUCUGAACAGUGGAAGGGCACUGGCAGCAGAAGGCCUCGUUAGGGAAAAUGUGCCUUGUUUUAAGACCGUUUCGGUUUAAGAACGGACUUCUGGAACAGUUUAAGUUCGUAAACCGAGGUACCACUGUAAUAUAUUCAUUUUCAAUGCACCUGUUUUCUGAAUAUAUGCAUUUUUCUAAACAUUGGUUGGAGGACUAUAUCACAAAAUUUGGAUAACUGUGAAUUUUGAAGGAUGGCUGUGUUUCUGUUCUCGUAUUGUUUCAGAAAGUAAGAAUCUGAUAAAUUUGAUUUCAAAUAUGAACUGAACCAUAUUUCUCCUCCAUCCCUUAUGUGCACAUAGCCAAAGUCGCAUAAUGUAUAGAGUGUGUUAGGAUGAAAUUAACUAUAUUUACCAACCAGCUGUGAGCAUAAGAUGGUGCCUGGCUAAGAGGCCGUUGGCUUUUUAUGUGGUAGACAUUUGCUGGUGUUCUGUUCUCUGCCUGUAAUUAGCACCACUGUACAUAGUUGCCUAUGUUGAGAGAGGCUUUGUUCACUAACAUCCUUGGUUAGAAUUACAUGUCCUUCUCAGCACCUUUGACACACAUACUUUGAUCCAAUUUCCUCCUUGCAAGCACAACCUUUGUUCCUUCAUGGGCCCGUUACUUCUUGCAUUUGUGCAAUGUCUUACAGUAAAUGUUAGGGGAAACCUUUUGGGAGGAAGCUGCAAGAGGAGCAAAGUGUGCCAGCUCCUCUGUAACAUUCUUAAGAACGCCUCCUUCUGGGGAAGCCAUCUUUCUCAGCCAUGCUCAGAGCUGGAAGGUUAACCCAAAGCACGCUCUUUAUCAAAUGGCCGUCAAAUUGUUACUGUUUUAAUUUAGUGUUAAUGUGACAUUUUGCACUUUUACAUUCCCCAAGCGUUUGAGAUGGGCUUAAUGCUAGCAGUAAAAUCGGAUUAAUAGAUCAAAUGUUUAGGAAACGGAGAGAAGCAUUAUUUUGGAAUAACACUUGAAAACUUCAUCCGCUUGAAAACUGCUAGCUGGUUGGGGGCAGUAAUUAUCUCCCUGAACUCUGUGAAUAGCUCUGAGUUCAUUAGUCUCAUAGUUCAUUAUUUUAUUCUAGCCCCGUACUUAAAUUACACUUUUGUAAUCUAUCACUGCCAAUCCAUUAUAUCCAUAUAUAAUGUAUGGAGGCUGAUCUGAUGAGAGAAGUUAUUCAUGUAAAGACCAUACCACACAGGACAUGGGCAUUCCAUGGUCAGAUCUCUCAACUUUAAAAAAAUAAUAAUUAAAGUCACUGAGAGGGCUCCUAUUUUGAACCAAGCGAUGAUGAUGAUGAUGAAGGGAUGUUUAGCUCUUUCCUCUCUCUGCUGUUCUUCUGAAAUAACUACUCUGAACCUGCCAUUAGCUCUGCAGUUUUGAAAAAAACAGGCAUGAUAUAAGUGCUCCUCUCACCCAACUGCACAGUUUAUAGCAGCUUCGGGCUGGGGGGUAGCAACGUAAAUGUACAAAAUAGCAUGAGGGGAAAGAAAAAUCAAAUACUCUCUCCACAGUGCUGCUGCUGUGACCAAAACUGCAGUGCUGUGUGACUCCUUUAAAGUUUAUUUGCCUUUUUAACAAAAGUCAUCACAUGAUUGAUCUUAAGGCUUUGCAGAGGAAUAUGGGAGAAUUCAGCAACUCAUUUUCCUCAGGGUGCCUGCGGAGACUGGAACAAUUCAGGCAGCCUCUGGGCCUAAAUAUUUUCUUGACCCUGCUGACCUCUAGGACUGGCUACCAACAGACAGUCGGGUCCAGUGUGUGUGUGUGUGUGUGUGUGUGUGUGUGUGUGUGUUGGCUCUACUAAACCCAGCCGAGCACUCUCUUUCCACACAAAACUUAUUCAUUUUAGAAAAUGAAUGGAAAAGGAAGAAGGGCGCAGGCAGUUCAGUUUCCUGGUUACAGCUAAAGGUUCUAGACCCCUUGGGCUGCUUUGUCAGUUGCCACCUGAUGCCCAGCCUUCAAAUAUUAAUGCAAUGCUAAUUGUGACUCCCUGACCUCCACCCUUUCUCCUUCUGGCAUUUGCCACACAAUGCAGUUUCUGGCUGCCUCUAGACCGAGUGGGUUCUCCAGUUUCUCCUCCUUUUAAGAGUAGUUAUUAAUAUUCCCUGGUUUGUUAUGAAAAUCUAAUCUCCCUAAGGGCUGGAUCUAAUCUGAGCAGCGUUUGUUCAUCUUUUCCCUUCCGUUCCAAAUGGACCCCACCAAGGACAGGAGGUGAAUAACUGGUAUGUACAUCUUUGGAGCAGUUCCAUAAAUUUCUGCCUGUCAUUUCUGCCUGGUGGAUAAUAUGGGGGCCCCCUGGUGGCAGAGAAGAAUUCAGGGCAGUGCGACCGGUUAUGCCACACGGGGCUGCAGGGCACCACAACUAUGACUUAGAGAAUUCAGAAGAACGGAAGCGGGGCAUGCCAGAUUUUGGGCUCACACAGGGCACAGGAAAUUUGAAAGACCAAAGUUGACCCCUGCUGGUUGUGGUAGAGUUGGGGGUUAGCACUUUGGGUGGUGGUGUAACAAUCUAAAAUCUAGCCUUCCGGUGUCAAUUCAAGAAAUACAGAACAAACCUACAGCAUGUUAAUGUCUUCAACUCCAGCUGUGCUGUGCAAUGUUUGUUUUCGAUUGAUUUUCUGAAAUGCAGUGUCACUGAUGGAAUGUUUCCAUAUCGGAACACAUGUUUCUGUUGAUUUAGCUGAACGUAUCACUAAUUUAAUUCUAAUGCCUUUAAAUUCUUUUUAUUCUAAUGCCUUUAGAAUUAAAGGCACACUUGUUUAUAUUUUGAAGAAUUAAAAGUACUAGUGUUUUAUUGUAACAAGUAGAAAUAGCAUAUUAUCUCUCACCUCUUUUAGUGCCUUUAUAUUGAGGUCCUGGUGAUAUGCAAAUAUAUGCCAGUCAAAUGAAUCAAUUGGUUGUUAAAAGGCAGAAUAUUAUUCACUAAGCACCUUUGCUGGCGUGGUGUAGUGGUUAGAGUGCUGCAUUAGGACCUGGGAGAUUAGGGUUCAAAUCCUCACUCAGCCAUGAAGCUCACUGGGUGACCUUGGGCCCAUCACUCUCUCUUGGCCUAAUCUACCUCACAGGGUUGUUGUGAGAAUAAAGAUGGAGGGGGAAAUAACUGUGUAUGCCAUCUUGAGCUCUUUGGAGAAAAGGUGGAAUAUAAAUGUAAUAAUAAUAAUAAUGUAAUAUUUUUUAAUUGGAUGACAGCCCUUAUGUUAACUAAAUGCAUAAGACUAAUGCUAAUACCAAGCUGUAAAGGGCAAAUAGCACAACCAUUCAACGGACACGGAUACAAUGGCAAACUUAUACCGACACAGGUCACCCCUGAUGACUGUACACAGUCCUCUAAAACAGAUCCCCAUACAUACUCUCUCUGUGCCUAGUCACAAACCAGAGAGUGGACUGCAAACAGCAGAAAGUACAAUUAAGCACAAAUUUAGUGAAUGACAGUAUGGUAGAUUGAAUGAUAGGAUGCCAGCUAGCUUGUAGGCAGGAGCGCAUCUUAGAUGCAGUAUGGGAUCAGGUUGUAAAGCCAAUAUAUAACUUUCUAUCUUAGUUUCUUUAACUGUAACGUUAUUGCUUUGCAUUUUUCUAUCACGCCAUGUAACUGAGUCCUUCAGCCCUAUGCUUUGCAAUUCCUUUCAAUGUUUAUUCUUUUUCUUCUCGUGACUUGUGCUGUUGUGCUCUUAUUCAGAAAGCUGUGCAUCCCAUAUUGUUCACUACCAUCCCCGCCGUACACCAAUGUUUUCCCUCAGGAUCAUACAGGGCUACAAGGGAGUACUAUGUGAUGAUUUGUUCUGCUGUCUUCUACAAUUCUUGAUGCUCUGAUUGACUAGAAGGCAAUGCAAAUGUGCAAGAAGCUUUUGUAUUUAGAACCUCCAGGAUGGUUUCCAUGGGGCUGAUGUACUGAUUCCUCUCUUAUUAUCUAUAGCCCACAAAGGAUAACCAAACAAACCUCACUGUACACAGACAUGCACUUAGAAGCUUGUGCGUGAACUAGUGAUCUAGGCCUAGACAUAAACCUGCUCAUACACAGUGUUCAACAUUUUGAGGCCCUGCUCCAUGUUCUGCCAACUUUGGAGGGGUGCUUGGUGGGGGCACAGGAACAGGCUUCUUGGUACUGGCACCCAAAUUGUGGGACUCCCUCCCGAAAAGGGGUUUGGUUGCCUCCUCUUUUGAGCCUUGCAAGGGUGGCAAAGACUCUUUGAUUCUACCAUGCCUUUAAGCUGCUUGAACUUCCAAACAUAUUGCUCUGCUUUCCUUUGAUCCACAUCAGUGAGGCCAAGGGGUGGGCUUGCAUCCUGGAGGGGUCACUUUGGUACUGCUAACACAGCAAAAUCAAUAUGGGAGGCAGAGUUACCAGUCUCUCCCCCCUGGGGGCACACUCCAUUGUCUCUCGAGACAGAUGGAUGCCAACAACAGAACAAACCAGGCCAGAGACAGAAAAAACGCUUUUAGUUUUCAAAGAUUACAUUUCUAAUCUUCCCUUGUGUAUUUUUAGAUCCAGCAACCAAUGAGACCUCUUCAAUCAGAUGUAAGUGCUGCAUCAAAUAUGCAGAAAAAAGAUAUUAAUAGCGCUCUUCAUAGAGCACCUGGUGAGUAAUGCCACCCAAUUAACUUUCCUGUGACAAAUAUAAAUGCUGAGCAUCCCUGAAAUUCAGUAGAGUAGACUCUUUCACAUGUUAAGUGACCUCAAAGCAUUCAUCUAAAGCUUGAAACUUGACCUUCAUAAUAGGAGAACCUGCCUUUUACAGGGUUCCCAGUUGUGCAGAAAGAGCCUAUGUGUAUGCAGGAACCUCAUUAGACCUUUUAAAGAAACAUGGGGGUUGGUUGUGGAGACAGAGUUGGUUGUGGAGACAGAUAUUACGUAGUGUUAGAUAUGUUCUCUGAACACCUGCAAAAGGCUAAUGCGGAGGGGAUGUUGUGGGAAGGCCAAUCAGUUUAUGCCACAAAGCAGACUGUUUCUUCUCACAAUCCAGGAUAGGAGUGACUGUGUAUCAUCUAGACCUACAUCAGUAUCCCAUUUGCCACAGAGAUGUUAGAGGAGGGGUUAUUUAUUUAUAAGAUUUCUUACCCACCCUCCACCAUAGGUUCCCAGGGCAGGUUACAACAAUAGAAUAUGCAAUUAUAAAAUCAAUGAUAAAACACAUAAAAAUGGAGCAGAACAGUAGAAAUUCAACAAGAGGUGGGUCUCACACAAAAAAGGUGAGACCUUAACUGUCAGAGGCCAGGGUAAAGAUGUGUAUAUGAGUAACCACUUCGAGUACACAUGUAUAUAUGAAUAAACUCAUGAUCCUCAUCAUCUCCAGCAUAUGGCAAAAGCUGUACAAUGAAGUGGCCAAAAUGCUCUCCUCUGGAUCUUGCUGAACUACAUCUCUCAUCAUCCCUGACCAUGCUAGGUGGCUCUGAUGGGAGGUGGAGUCCAUUCCAGAGAUAAAAAAAACUUUGUUUGCUUGUGAUUGAGAGUGUCCUUGAGAAAGAUUAGUUUAAAACACAUUGGAUGAGAUCUAAUAAGAUAUACUGGAUAUCUCAAAUAGCAACUUUCCGUGGAAGGUGAUUUCAAUCAUGUCAAGGGAUGGACAAUCCCCUGCAGUAACUCCUUUGCUCUUUAAAACAACAGCGUGGGAGAUCUUGUUAACAGAUCUCCCACAUCAUGUCUAGUUUGCCCUUCAUAUUAUGGGGGUAGGUAGGCGUAACUGUGCAAUGUUCCUUUGUUUACGUCCUUUGCUGGCAUGACAAAUACUGUGGUGUGGAUGUCUACAUAACUUGGAAGGAAAUUAACCUGUUCUCAAUGGUGCAGAACAGAAAUGUCUUAAGCUUAUCAGUGGUCAAUUCAAUCUUCUAGCUCUCAGUGUGGAUUUUGGUGCAUCACUGUAGGAUUCCAGUAUGUUUGUCUUUCUUCCAGCUUCAAAGUCGUUCGACAUGGUGAAACCCACUGAAUCAAACAAAUCACUGAUUCCCGAGCUGAAGAUCAAUAAAUCUCUGCAGAAGGCGAGAAUCACCACAUUGUUCUCAAGCUCUGUAUGUUGUAUGAUAAUCUACACCUCUUUGUCUCUCAUCUGUUUUGUAUUCGUAAUCCCGAUGAUCUCUCCUGCAGUUCUCUUCCAUCUAAUUCUUUUGUUUUAUUUUUCUUUCUCUUUUCCUGCCAGGUUUAGCUAUUAGGCUGACCUGCCUCUAAACACAUCCUUUCAGAAGUGUUAAAAAUAACCCACAGAUGGAGAUAUAUAGCUUUAUGUUCCACAACAGGGACAGGGAACCUGUUGACCCUCUGGAUUUAGGUGGACUACAACUCCCAUCAUACAUGGCCAGGCUGACUGGGGCUGAUGGGAAUUGGAGCCCAGCAACAUCUGGAGGGCCACAGGUUCUCCAGCUUUGCUGUAGGUAGCCCUUCUAAUAACUUUGGGCUUCCUGAGAAGAUACGUGCCAUAAUGUUUUGAGGAUCAAUUGUGGUAGAUUCAUGAGCAUCUGUUCUUCUUUAAACUCCUUAAAAGUUGCUAACAAGUUAGGUGUCCUCCAUGCAGGGUGAGAAGAGAGAGACACCAGAUGCUGCAGUACCAGGCAACCUGCUCUCAAUGCUGGAUGAGCUAGGAACAUCGGACAUUGAUGCCUUGGUGCCUACUCAUGAUGAGCAAGGUUGUUCAAUUCCAGAGUGGAAGCGGCAGGUGAUGGUGAGGAAAUUACAGGCGCAGCUGGCAUCCGAAGAAGGGAUGGGCAGGAAGGUACUGUAUUGAGCCAAUAGAAGGAAACUGUGUCACUGUACUGUCUUACCUGAUUCACACGCUGGCCUCCGUUUUUAUUGCAGUUAGGUUGCCCUAAGAGCAGACGGGCAAAUAAUAUACACAUUGUCUAUGUUUUGUAAAUGUGCUUUGCUAAGAUCUAGGAAAUUUGGAUUUCAGAGUAAUUCCCAGCACUUCCUUUUGCAUGACUCUGUUGCUCCCGGAUCAAUAAAUAACCAGACAAGACAGUGAAUGUAAAUUUGGGAUCAAAUAGGCCACAACUUUAUAGAUUACAGAUGUGAAUGGUUUGGUCUGACGGCACAUAAGGCCACCACCAUGCUUAGCAGGGUUGGGCCUGGUCAGUUCCUAGAUGGGGGAUUGUCCAGGAACAACAUGUAGUAUUGACAUCAGGUAUACACCUUCACUGUACUCUUUUUGGUGCCUGCUGUUUAGACAAGCCUACACAGAUAUGUAGAAUGCUGAUAUGUAUUUGAAUCUGCUUUUAAUCACUGAAUUUAUUUAUUUAUUUGAAUAUUUUAAAUAGCUGUUUUUAACUGCUUUUACACAUAUUUUUAUUCUUUAUUUCUUUUUUUAAUAAUAAUAAUAAUAAUAGUAGUAGUAGUAGUAGUUUUUGUAAACCACUCUGAGGUGGGGUUUUUUUGAAUAGUCAAGCAGUAUAUAAAUGUUAUGGAAUGAAUAACUAAAAUAAAUAAAUAUGUUGCCUUGGAUUCCAUGAUAGACAAAAGGCAGGUCACAUUAGUAAGUAAGUAAGUAAGUAAUAAGUAAGUAAGUAAGUAAGUAAGUAAGUAAGUAGUAAGUACAUCCCUAUUCAAUCACUCAGGCAGGUGGCUCACUUUACAGUUGUAUAUCCAAGGUAUAAGUGUAGCUGAUGGUAAAUAGUUCUGUGACAAGAUGAAAUUCUUUGUUCUGACUGAGGCCAGGACUUGAUGAUCUGUUCCAGCCCUAUAUUUCUAUGAAUCUGUGAUGUGCUGAGUCACUUCUCUGACUCUUCAUUUUUGGCAGGCUGGGGAAAGGGGCCUGAAGCGAUGUCUUUGAAUUUAACUGAUGGCAGUCUUUCUUUCUUCCCUGCUGCCCCAUCUAGAACAAGGAGAAUUGCACACUGGAGAUGGAUGACUGGCAAUAUUCCCAGUCUUACAAUGCCAUCCUGGGCCCUUUUGGGGAAUUGCUCACUGAGGAUGACCUGCUGUACUUAGAGAAGCAGAUUGAGAAACUGCAGAUGAAGAAGAAAUGCCAGGAGUAUGAGAGUGAGCUAGGACGCCUGACAGAGGAGCUGCAGACUGUUCUACCUGCUCCCGUCGUCAAUAUCACAGUCAACCGUCAGUUUCUGCAACAAGGCUCAGAGGAUGGUAGCCAGGAGCUCCCUGCCUGGUGCAGUCAUGUGUCUGGACUGGUAAAAAGCAUGUCCAUGCUGCUUACCAAUGUCAAUGGCAUGAAAAAAGCAGCUAAUGAGAAGCCAGCUCUACGGGAUUCCCAUAAGUCAAGCAAGACCAAGUGUAUUUCAGGUGGCACUGUCAAGAGAGAAAUCCUGGAGUGUGGCGUCUCUGUCAGGAAUCUGAGGGGAAAUUUUGAAAAGCAGGAUCUUUGGAGACAAGACAAAGCUUUUGAGCAGCGAGGGUUGAAUGCCAUUCCCUGGGAACAUGGGACAGCCAAGGAGUCAUCCCCUCAAAUGUUUCUAGGUACCUGUAAAAACAAGAAGCAAUUGGUUUGUGAGGAACAUGAGUUUGGAGACAUGGAGAAUGCCAGUGAUUCUGGCGUCAGCUGUGAGGGAGCCUCCUCUGUGACUGAUUCUUGCAUCUCAACAGCAGAGUCUAGCAACCUCCGAAAAGAGCGCAUUGUGCUUCUUUUUCUCAGUCACUGGAAGAAAUCUGCCUAUACGCCUUCCUUGAAACUCAUGGCCAGGAGGACUCUUGACACCCAGGUGCCUGGAAAAAUGGGACUGGUAGACGUGAUGGCAGAGCUCAAGAAACAGCAGCCUCCAGUGCAGAAGCCCUUGGUGGAAAUGAACAAGCUUGGCCAUUUAGUUCAACAGAGAUACACUAUCAAGAAUCUGAUCAGUCACUGGAAAGACAUCAUCUCCCUUGUACCAUCUCGACAGAUCAGGCGCCUCAAUCACCGGCAUGCAAUCUACUCUCCAGAACAAUUCCUGCCAUAUGUCAAUGGUGAGCCUAUUGACUACAAUAGCUUAACUCUUGACCUGUUUAUGCUCGGCUAUUUCCACAUCCUAGAGCUGGACCUCUCUCCAGAAGAACGUAAGGCUAGGCAUCUCCUUUGCUUUGAAGUUUUUGACCACUUGGGUGAGCAUCGGUGGGAAACAGUGCGGGCCUUCCACAAAGCAGUGAUUGAUGAGAUUGCUGCAGGCAAAAGAAGCUGGAAAGACAGUUUUGAGGAUAUUAAGAAACAAUUUUUUGGUAAUAACAAGGACCCAGCUGUGAACGUGGAAAUCAAAACAUCACCAGUGGAAACAAAUCUGAAACCAGUACCCAAAACAAGGGUCCCAAACAUCUCUCUGGAGGAGGGAGACUCUGCCCCUGGAAAAUGCUUUGAACUAGACACCUUUAGCAAUGAUGAGAUCUGCAGGUAUAUAAACAGGAGUUUUGCUUUCUGGAAAGAAAAAGAAGCAGAGAUCUUUAGCUUAGAGGGAUGAGGAUCUUUACAUUAACAGUCUUCAUUUGUGAAUAGGUGUCUAUAAGAUUCAGAGUGCACAGAGUGGCCUGUCAGCACUAUGACAUGGAAUAGACAGACAUCGACUGUUCAUUUUGCAAGUGGCUACAAAUGCCUGCAAGAUUAAUUUGCAAAGGGGUAAACGACAAGUGAUACAGAUGAAGGGUCAAGCCUUCACUUCUUCUCCGUUGCUUCUUCCCUUUAAAAAAAGGAACAAGAAAUGUCAGUGCUUCAUUACAUAUGGCUUCCCUUGACACAAGCACCCUGAAAAGGGCAAAAAGACUAUGCCCACUCUGAUGUCAAUGCAAGUUUAAAAAAUAAAUAAACAGAAGGAGAACUGAAAGAAAAAAGAGUGAAAAGCUUUCCUCCCACCAGAGCAUUGCUGACAGGGCUUAGGAAGUGAUGGGUUCUCUGCCAUGAAAUAUUCACCUUGGGAUUGCUUAGUUUGUAUUCAGUGUGUCUUUCUAAGAGUUCAAAAAGAGAUAAUGAGUCUUCCAGACAUUUCCAUUAUAUCUAUAUUUAUAAGUUACAAACAGUGUAUCAGCAAAAUGAUCCAACCUGGGAAGGCCCCCAAGACUGUUUCUUUCACUGUUUCUCUUUUCAUAUCUUCAGAGGACUCACCAGAGAUAUCAACUGUUGUUAUCCACUUUUGGCAUGUAUUUGAGUCUCUUUGGCAUCCACUGCAAUUAAUCAUUUACUGCUGAACCUAAAAUGCCCAGGUCUCGUGUUCUGCUACUUGCUUACUAGGCUUCAUGGACUUAAAACACCUGAAUGGAUGUCCAAGUAUAAAUAAUUUCAUUUUGUAACUGUACAUACAUUUUCUAUUUUAAAUUAGAUUGCGUGUUUAAUAAAAACAUUUCUCUCAGUAGAAA